UUUUAAGAGUGCUAAUUAGUUGAUGUGUAUGUUUUUAAAUGUUUAGCUUCAGUAGGCCACUGACAAAGAAUCGUGCUUUUAUCAUCAAGUCUCCUCCUUCUUUCCUCCAUUCCCCUCCCUCCGCUGCAUCCAUCCAUUCGUCUCUCCUCUCCACUCACACACAAACCCCAUUUUCGCAUCGCCUCCUCCGGCACCAUGACUAACGAUUCUCCGGAGGAGGAGAGCCGAGGAAGGAGAAUAACCCGGCCGAGCCGAGCGGACGACAAUGUCACCAUCCUGACAUCAUCCAUGGAUGUCUACAGAAGUCGCAGCCGAGCCAGCAGCAGCAACGACGCUGGCGCCAGCUUCACGUCCUCCGCGGAUUUCAGCACCUCCUCCCUGGAACUGAGCAUCCAGACGCGGAUCUUUAAGAUAAUCGUUAUCGGGGACUCCAACGUGGGGAAGACGUGUCUCACCUUCCGCUUCACCGGGGGGAGCUUUCCCGACCAGACAGAGGCUACCAUCGGCGUGGACUUCAGGGAGAAGGCGGUGGAGAUUGAAGGAGAGACGAUCAAGGUACAAGUAUGGGACACGGCAGGCCAGGAGCGAUUUCGAAAAUCUAUGGUGGAACACUACUACCGGAAUGUCCAUGCAGUAGUAUUUGUUUAUGAUGUCACCAAAAUGGCUUCUUUCCGCAACCUGCAAACAUGGAUAGAGGAGUGUAAUGGUCAUAGAGUAUCUGCAUCAGUACCUAGAGUCCUAGUGGGGAACAAGUGUGACCUAGUGGAACAAAUACAGGUGCCCUCCAACACGGCAUUGAAGUUUGCAGAUUCCCACAACAUGCUACUGUUUGAGACAUCUGCAAAGGACCCAAGGGAGAGUCAGAAUGUGGACUCAAUCUUCAUGUCACUGGCCUGCCGCCUUAAGGCCCAAAAGUCUCUACUCUACAGAGAUGUAGAGAGAGAGGACGGGAGAGUGCGGCUCACGCAAGAGACUGAGACAAAAAGUAACUGUCUUUGUUGAAGGAAAAAGGGAAUUGGUAGGAGGAAUGGAAGAGAAUACUGUACAGAAUAAUAACUGGGCAUGUCUAGGAAGGGGAGGAGAAGGAUAAUGGGGGAAACAGUGCAAGGGAUGAUUACAACUGAAACUGGAAGUGAGGAAACUGGUUAUGGAUGUAGUCAUUAUCAUGAGGAAAUUGGAUAAAAGACGAGGUUUGAAUGAAAGCUACCGUAGAUGUAAGUAACAGAAGUCUGAUUUUGCUUACCUAUGUAUGUACAGUAUAGGCCUUGGUAUAAUUUAUGCACACAGGAUAAUACACUGGCAACAUAUUGGUAAUUUAUAACAAUGGUCUUAAACCCCAAGUGUUUUAACCACAAAGGGUAAUUUAUUUUGACCAGUAUUUCCACUGUUCUACUGUCCACUGUUAUAUACUCCUGCCUUAAAAAUGCACAUCUUAUCAUUUUUAGUGACCGAAUCUAGGGAGAGUAGCAUAGAAAUUUCAGUAUACUGACUUGCCUAAAAUCACUGUGAACUCACUACAUAGGAAACAAGUACAUACCUAGGACACAGUACAGUACAUAUCUAUACCACCCUGUGAACAACGACAACCAGAAAGAAACCAUCUCUAUAUUGUCAGACAAGGAGUCAGUUAUUAAUUAUGUUGGUAAUUUUGAUGCAUUGUAGACAGGGUCGAUGCAGUCUUAUGUUUUGUAACAAAUUGUGAUGUAAACAUAUCCUUCCAGCUCUAUCCCCCUGACAUAGUGGCUUCUCCAGUUUUGCCUUGUAUACUAUAACAAAGCCCCUCAAUGUCAGCCAUAUGAAAUCCAUAUUCUGUACUAACGUUUGUUUAUGAACUGUUUUACUUGUGGAACUGUGGCCGCUGUAGACAAGGUUAUGGGAAUUUUGUCAUGCAUAAUACAAAAUACAAGUCAUACACUUUACACUGAAAUCACUCCCACAGGAAGUUGUGGGUAAAGGGAACACAAGUCACUGUUGCUGGCUGACAAGCUAAUCCGUAAAUCUGACUGUGCCUAGCAUACCCUAAUGAGGCCCAUUAACUGUCCAUACUGAAGCCUACUUUUGAGCAGUGCUAUGGAAUGCAUAGAGAGAAAGCAGCUGAGAGAGCAUUUGUGUCAGCCCUCCCAGCUGACAGCCUGAUGGCCUCAAUCAUUUCUUACAUUUGUAUACACGAGAGAGGCAUUUGUAGAGAACUUAUUGCUGCCUCUAUUCUUUUAAACUCACAUCUGCAAAAUCACUGGCUAUGUGGUUUAUGAAUACAAAACUGAAGCAAAAUGGCUGUGAAAAUAAGUUUUUUGUGGUAAUGCUUUAUUUAUUAUUGUUUUAUAAUGCUUAUAGAGUACAGAUUCAGGAAUUCAUUGUAAAAGUAAAUCUGACUUAGUGAGGAGUUAAGUCCAAGGAAUCCAGAGCAUAACUUAAGAACUUUUUCAGAAUUGUUAUUAUUUUUCAAAUUAAUAAUGUAUGAAUGGAUGAUAGAAGUGUGUCAUGUAAUUAAACAUAUUCAUUACGUACGACCUGGUUUCUUUAUUUGCUGCUGAAGUGAAAGACAGAUAAAUGCUCUUUGUAAUCGUUUACUGCAAUUAAAUUAACCUAAGCUGGAUAAAGAAUUACACUUUACCUGGUUUAAAAAGGAUAAUUUGUCCAAAUGAAUAAAUCCACUGUGAGGAAAUUGUUGUUUUUCCUUGCAACACUGUAAAACUGACACACACACACAGUUAUUCAGACAGUGGGUAGACGAUAACAUCUUCUAUGUCUUCCUUAGAAGCAGCCUAUUGUUGUUGGUCUAUAUCAAUACUAAGAACCUGACCACACAGGCAAGACAGUAUAAAACAGUGUGGAGAGUGAAGAAGAGUGUGAGCCACCAUUCAAAAGAUAAAUCCACAACUAGAAGCAUCGUUAAAAAAAAUGCAGGGCCAGGCACAUGACAGAAAUGAUCAACUGCAGCCAUGCACAGAGGAGCCAAAACCAAGGGCGAAACACACAGCAACUGUUCCUCUGCAUUAAAGGUGAACUGCAUUUUUUUUGGAAUUUUGCCUAUCAUUCACAAUCAUUAUGAAAGACAUGACGACGGAUGUUUUGUUUUUGGUUUUUUUAAUGCAUUCUAAAUAGUAAAUACAUGUGAUCAAAAGUUCGCUGACAAUGGAGCCACCCUAAUCUGCCAAUAAAGCCCUUAAAAAACAUCCAAACACCUCCUCUAAGGUUGUAUAUACAUGAUGUAAGUA